AUGGCAGCUCCAGCCAAGAUGACCAUGAACUUGGCCCUUCUUGGCAGGACUCAGAGUGGGAAGAGCGACUUCCACAGCAGCUUCGCUGCACGUUCUGUGACCAAGGACUGUAGCCUGGGCCGCAGCUGUCACCUCCAGGGCUUCGUGCACCGAAGGGGUCAGGAGGUUACCCUGUAGGUGCAGGUGUUGGUCCCCCCAGCUUAUCCGCACGGCAGACUGAGCGAGCAGAGUGGGAAAGAGGAGCUUAGGGACGCCCUGGCGCGUCACUCUGGGCAGGAGGGUCUGCACCUGGCGCUGCUGGGGCAGAGGGUGGACGUGCCCUUCUGUGGACAGGAAGCCACUGGGCCGGUGCGGACGAUCCACGAACUUCUGGGGCAUGCUUGGAAGAAUCACACUGCCAUUCUUUUUACCCACGCAGAAAAAAUAGAAGAGGCUGGAUUCAAUGAAGAUAAAUAUUUACACGAGGCCCCGGAUACACUGUUAACCCUCUGAAAUUCUAUUCAGCACAAAUAUGUUUUCAAGUAUAAAAACGGAAAAUCACUUAAUGAACAAAGAAUGAAAAUCUUGGAAAGAAUCGUGGAAUUUAUAAAGGAGAAUUGUCACCAAGUUCUUACCUUCAAAUAAAAUUUAGGUAAAAGGAAAAGAGCAUUUGAUAUUGGAGGCAGAAACCUGGUUUCAAAAGGUACCUUUGUGAGCAG